CGACUACCCACCGAAGUUGGGUCAAAACCCAAAACCAUCAUCUGUGUUUAGAGAUGCCAAAGCUUUAAAAAUGAAGUCAGUCCACUGCCAUUAGAUUACCACCGAUCACCAUGUCCUCGCACGCUGUAACAGCUGCCACGGCAGCGGCGGCCGCCGUUAAGCAACUCGUAUCUCAUCCUUCGUUCACUUUCCCGCCGCUGUCUUGCCACCACCGCCGCAUCUCCUCUUCCCUUCUCGCAGUCGCCAGUUAUUCCACUACCUUAUCUGCUUCUACUCGUUAUGGGAAAAAGCUAAAUAGAAAAGAUAAUUCCAUCAGUAGGAGUCGUAGAGCAUUGAUAGACUCGGUAGUGAAGAGGAGAACUCGGUCGGAUAAAAAGUUUGAUGAGGAGAGUGUUCGUCAAUUUGGUGACACCGAGAGUCAUAUUCCGGUGAUGCUGGGUGAGGUAUUGGAGGUUUUUGAUUCCCGCGAGCUUCAUACGUUUGUCGAUUGUACUCUUGGAGCUGCCGGACAUUCUUCCGCCAUAAUUCAGGCUCAUCCAGAGAUGCAGUCAUAUGUUGGGAUGGAUUUUGAUCCUGUUGCUCAUGAAAAAGCAAAAGCUAAGAUUGAUUUGAUCCGAAAUGCCAAGUCAUGUGACUCAAUGUCCAACCUAAAAACACAUACCUUUUUGCGAAAUUUUAAGAACAUCAGGUCCGCACUAAGUGAGGUUGAUGAGAAGCUUCUGAUUUCAGGAACCGAUGGGAUCCUAAUGGACUUGGGAAUGUCAUCCAUGCAGGUGAAUAAUGCCGAAAGAGGAUUUAGUGUGCUUUGUGAUGGACCCCUUGAUAUGAGAAUGGAUCCUCAGGCAAGUCUGAGAGCUGAAGACAUACUAAAUUCAUGGCCAGAGGCCGAACUGGGACAAAUUUUACGUGAUUAUGGGGAAGAGGACAAUUGGCGCGCUCUUCAGAAGAGGAUUGUUAAGGCCCGAGUAAGCGGGGGAUUGCAUUCUACUGGUGAACUACUAGAUCUUAUACGGAGUUCUACACCCAGUGGAAAAGGAGGAAGGCAGGGUUGGAUAAAGACAGCAACAAGAGUCUUCCAGGCUCUAAGAAUAGCUGUUAACGACGAACUGAAGACACUAGAGUCUUCGUUACACGACUGUUUCCGCUGUCUUGCACCUGGCGGGAGACUCGCCGUCAUAUCCUUCCACAGUCUGGAGGACAGAAUUGUGAAGCAAACAUUUCUCAACAUCAUCAACAGCAGUUUAGUUGAUGGACCGAAAAGAGAAGCUAACGACGGUGAGGAAAAAGAAGCAUGGAUCAAACAAAUGAUCGAAGGGGUCGGUGGAACGAUCCUGACAAAAAGACCCAUAACGCCUUCCGAAGAUGAGGAGAGACUGAACGUUCGUUGUAGGAGUGCUAAACUCAGGGUAAUACAAAGAGACUGAGAUCACUAGCGUUGAAAUGAAUUUCUUCAUACUUCUUUGAAGCGAUGGCAGUUCAAAUGGUAAAUGAUGUUCUCCUUGCCAAACUAUAUAAUGUCUUGUGAGAUUUAACCACCAUGGGGAUGUUUAAGGGGAAGACUUUGUUAUGUGACCAAAGAAAGAAGCAAAAGCAUACGAGUCUUUGAGGGAAAUGCUAUGGCUUUUGUUCGUGUGAACUCAUAUGAGCUUUAUAACCAACCGUACUCGUGUGUUUUUUUAUUCAUUCGGUAUAUCUUACUUGAAAGUAAAGUCUUAAAGGGGAUGUUUGGUUUGAUGGAACAAUUUUGAGGGAUUUGGAUUUCAUGGAA